AAGGUGCAUACAGUGUUUGAUAACCAUCUGUCUGCUUGAAGAGAUAUCAGUUGGAACUCUGACAGUUUUGGACAUAAAAGAAGAGGACUGGAAUGAUUGGGCUCGAUGUGUAUCUAUAUCCUGAUGGUCUUAGGCUUGCUACACCGGAAGAUAUAGAGAGAUGGAAAUCCGAGAGGGAAAUGUAUGACCCAAAUGUGCACCUCUUUGUGGCUCUUUUCUCCUACAAUCCAGCUGUGAUGUCACCAAACACUGAAACAAUGGAGGAGGAACUGUCUUUUGAACAAGGACAGAUCAUUAAAGUGUAUGGAGAUAAAGAUGCUGAUGGCUUCUAUAGUGGAGAGUUGGGUGGUCACUUUGGUUUCGUGCCAAGUAACAUGGUAUCUGAGAUACCUGUUGAAGAUGGAGAGCUUAAACUUUAUUUGUUGCAGCAGGGGUUUUUGCCAGAGGAGACGCCCUCUAUUGAACCUAGCGAGUCUUCUAGUGUGCCAGAUAGUGCGAAGGUCCACAGGAUGGUGGCCAUCUUUGAUUAUGACCCUUGGGACAGUUCUCCAAACAUGGAUAUUGAGAAUGAGCUUUCCUUCCAUGCAGAAGACAUUAUAUAUGUUUUUGGGGAUAUGGACAGUGACGGAUUUUAUUAUGGAGAUCUACAUGGUUAUCGAGGACUUGUGCCAUCAAAUUUUUUGCAACCACUGCCUUGGAAUUAUGGGAAAUGAGUGAUCAGGUCCUGGGAUCUCACUGAAUCCAGUUCUCGCUUGUCCUUUUCUUUUUUUAUCAAGUGAAGUGUCUUGUUGCCUGUAAUAUGGCAUGACAGCUGUGUGGCCCUCCCUUAAUGCUCUACGUUUAGCUUCAUUUAAUUACAUUAAUAACAAGGGAAUUACAUUUUGAUUAACACGGGAGCUUUUGGAAGCAGCUAGUAUUUUAUUGCCUUGAAUGAUUGUAAAUGAUAUUUUAAUUAUGAUCAGUUUUUAAUUGUACAUGUCUUUUUACUACAGACUGUAUGGCUUUUAAUGAUUUCAAGCUAUUUUUGUAGCGUCUUCUGCAUUUGCAUAAUUUAUGUGUCACUUGUGUUGAUGUAACUUUUACAAGUAUACAAGCAUUCCACUCUGUGAACUUUUCACCUUAGUCUUAUUUCCUUUCAUUUAAACAUCAAUAUAUUACACAUAUGAUUUAAAAGUUGUUCAAUGUACAUUAAAGUUUCCAUGUAGAUAAUGUACUGAUUGAUUGUAAAAUAAAAUACAUUACAAUCAUUAGUUUUAUUACAAUCAGUCAUUCAGCAGAGCACAGUCACAACAGCAUAAUCACAAUCUUUAUUACAUUUUCAUACAGUAAAUGGAUUUCAUUUCAGUACAUUUCAAGAAUAUUCAGCAUCAGUCGAGGUCCACAAGAUUAUGAUUGUCCAUCGCAGCCAACAGUACACUCAUCCAUAAAGUAGGAAACACUACACUGUGUAAAAACCUUUAGUAGUGCUGUCUACUUUAUGAGUGACUGCACUGUACCUCUGAAGUUCCCGCCUCUUCUCUUUGUGCUCCAGUCGUACUUCCUCUCUCUCUCCAUGUGGUCUAAAUGUUCAUUAUACAGCAAUUUGUUCAACCAGUUUUUUUUUUAAUUUCUUUUUAUUAUUAUUAUUAAAGAAAAACAA